AUGAAAGGUCACACCCACCUUUGGUCGAUGACCCGACCCCGCCUGUUCACAUGCUGUCAGUGUUCAGGCAGUCUUUCGGCCGAUUUCGAAUUGCCUCACGAAUUUCCUCCUCUCAGCAUCAAGCAUUUCGUGCCGAGUACACUCAGGGAAGAGCGACAAGGAUGACCCGAACGCUGGUGCCUGAGAUCCGGUCCGAGUUCCCGUGCGUGGACGGAACGCCGACCCACGUCCUGAAAUGUGGAGACUUUCCAGCUGAUCCAGACCAGGGCAAGAAAAUGUUGUACCUCAUCAUUCCAGGAAACCCAGGAGUCGUUGGUUAUUAUGACAAGUUCAUGAGAGAGCUGUACAGAGCUCAUGGAGGUCACAUUCCUGUGUGGGGCGUGGCACAUGCUGGUCAUGUCAUCCUCCCAGAUGAUGUCAGAAAGGGAAACUCAGAUGCAUCAAAAGGAACUUUCAGUUUGCAAGACCAAAUCAAUCACAAAAUCUCCUUCAUCAAGAACCAUGUCCCAGCUGACACUCAACUCAUCCUGAUUGGUCACUCCAUUGGCUGUUACAUAAUCCUGGAGAUUCUGAGGCGCUGCCCUGAGGUGAAUGUCCUGAAGGGCAUUCAACUUUUGCCCACUGUGGAGCACAUGAAGGAGACGCCCAAUGGUAGUAGGAUGUUGCCUUUCGUCUUGUACUUCCGAUGGCUGGCCUGCUUUGUAGCCUUCAUGCUGUCCUUUCUCCCAGAAGUCAUGAAACUUUGGCUGCUCAAGUUGUACUUCCUGGGAAAGAAACUUGACCCAGGAGCGGUUGAAGCCAGCCUGAACUUAUUUGACCCCAGCGUGACAAAUAAUAGCCUCUUUAUGGCAUCACAGGAAAUAAUUCAGGUGCGUGAACCAGACCUGCACUGCAUCAGUCAGCACCUGGACAGACUUAUCUUCUAUUAUGGUGUGAAUGACGGCUGGGCACCUGUCAGCUUCUACCAGAGAAUGAAGAACACCUUCCCACAGGGAGAUGUCCACUUAUGUGAACGAGGGAUUCAGCAUGCGUUUGUUCUUGAGCAGAGUGCAGAAAUGGCAGGGAUGGUGGCAGAGUGGAUAGAACAAGCCACAGCUGCAGAGGGUGGGAGAACACUGCAAACUGGCUGAUGGUACAAAUACCAUGAACGAAUAAAUUUGUCAUAAUUAUGACUUACAUUGUUUUAUAAAGGAAAGACUUUAAUUUUUAUAAAUCAGAUGUUGUUUUUUAAAUUCUAAAUUAUUCAGCUGAGUCUUUAUUGUUGUGCAAUUUUAUCAUCUAAUGGUAGACUGUUGUGUGUUCAGUUUUCAUCCACAGUUCAUUCUUACUAAUAUGAUAAUCUUGUAUGUAAAUUAUCCUAACUAAUAUACAUUUUAUUGGUAAAAUUACAAUGACUUGAUUUGGUAAUAUAUUUAUAUAUAUUUAGAUGUGAAC